AGACACCGGAAAGAGGUUGCGUGGGUAGGCUUUUUUUUAUUCCGUUUGCGUUCUUAUCGAUUAAAUAUAAAUUUCGAAAUGGACUCUCAUCCGGAAGAUGAUAAUCCGUCCGUCCCCGAAGGUGCACUUCUCCAUCGGUUCAUUGCAGAUGGGAAUGACGAGAAACUGAUGGAAUCUAUAGGACGCAAAGUUUGCCUCGAAAUUCCAAGUACUUUCGGCCUCACGCCUCUUCAAACCGCCUGCUUUAAGCGAAAACAGCGCAUGGUCGAUAUUCUCUUGGAGUCUGGGGCUUUGGUUAACGCCAAAAGUUUGUUCACAGGCAAAACAGCUGCUCAUAUUGCAGCCUUUGUCGGGGACGUAACAGUCCUGGAAAUUCUUACUAAUUACGGCGCUCAAGUUACAGAUACGGACCACAUCGGAAAUAACAUUCUUCAUGAGGCCGUUUUGGGUGGUCAUGUAAAAAUGAUUGCUCAUAUUAUGAAAGUGGCUCCGCGAUUAGCAUUGGGAGCAAACCGGGCUCUGCGAACUCCGAUCCACCAAGCUGCAUUUAACAAUUCCUCCCUUGAAGUUGUCGAGUUGGUGUGCGCCAAGGGUUUGGACUACCGCAAACUUCAAGAUGCCAAUGGAAGAACCUCGCAUGAUUUGGCCAAUCUUCACAGCACCACGAAAUGGAUUUGAUCUUUCAUCAAUAGGGGGUGAAAAUUGUUUUUGUUUUUUUGACUCACUAAAAUCGCAUUGGGAAAAAUAAAAUAAAAAAAAGAAUGGAAAGUUGAUGAUCUC